GUCUGUGGUAUGACGUCACGGGUUGUUUGGAGCAGAGAGAAGAGGCCUGGUUCUCCUGCGGCUCCGAUUUUUACCAUCAAACCCCCGAAACAUGUCCACCCCGGCCCGCCGGAGACUAAUGCGAGACUUCAAACGACUUCAAGAAGACCCGCCGACGGGCGUGAGUGGAGCUCCAUCAGAAAACAACAUCAUGCUCUGGAAUGCGGUUAUUUUUGGACCUGUGGGAACACCAUUUGAAGAUGGAACGUUUAAGCUUGUGAUAGAAUUUUCAGAAGAAUAUCCUAACAAACCUCCUACGGUUCGGUUUAUCUCCAAAAUGUUCCACCCAAACGUUUAUGCAGAUGGAAGUAUAUGUUUAGACAUUCUUCAGAAUCGCUGGAGUCCCACGUAUGAUGUAUCUUCUAUUCUUACAUCUAUCCAGUCUCUGCUGGACGAGCCGAACCCCAACAGUCCCGCUAACAGCCAGGCAGCUCAGCUGUAUCAGGAGAACAAGCGCGAGUACGAGAAGCGCGUUUCUGCCAUCGUGGAGCAGAGCUGGGUCGACUCCUAAUGUCCGAAUCCUCGUCCCAAAAUCGCUCAUCAAUUUCUUUCAUUUACCUCAUCACUGAAAAGAAACGACACAAGUGCCGCUCGAGGAAAAAACGCGUAAUCAGAACGGACUUCUUUGCCAACAUGUUGCUGAAAGCAGAAAUCAUUGUGCUUUUUUGUUUUAUUAUAUCUAUUUUUAUUAUUGCAUGAUAAGUUAUUGCUAACAGACUUUGUAGUAUUGUUGCAGUAAAUGUAGACUUUCAGAUGGUUUACAUUCAUAAAAUAUAAUUUUCUUUACCUUUGUUUUAAGGAAAGGAAACUGCUGGCAAAAAUAUUGAGAUAUUGUAUAAGGAAAUAAAUCUAUUUAUAGUUGGAGAAUUUCACCAACAGCAGUUCUGUUCUACAAUCUAAACAAUACCACCAUGUUCUGGUUUGGCUGGAUUAGAUAUAAUAUUCCAAUCACUUCGCUUGUGUCUCAUUCGACAUUCAGCACUCACCUUCAUUUGUAUGUGGCUGCAAAUAAAAAGUGAAAUGUGCAUUAAUAAAUAUACUCUGUCCUAUACAGAAUGAUACAGCUCAGUUUUCAGAUAAAGUGUGGGUUAUAUUGUGACUGUGUUUUCAUGAAAAAAUAUGUAAUGAAGUUAGUUUUUGUGAAUUUAUCCUAUAAAAACAUUUAUACUGUAUGCUGUAUAAGCAAAAUAAACUUUUCUUUUCCAGA